AUGUACAUCAAAAAUGUCAUCAUACAAGGUUUCAAAACUUAUAAGAAUACAACAAAUGUUGAAAAUCUGUCACCGCGUUUCAAUGUUAUCAUUGGAGGCAAUGGUUCUGGAAAAUCGAACUUCUUUGCCGCGGUCAGGUUUGUGCUGAGUGAUGACUACAGUAAUCUGAGAAGGGAGGAGAGACAAGGCUUAAUACACCAGGGCACUGGCUCAAUAAUGAGCGCGUAUGUGGAGAUUGUCUUCCACGAUCCAGAGGGGAAACUGAAGAUGACAUCGGGCGUUCACAGUGAGGAUGAAAAUCUCGUCCGAGUAAGAAGAACAAUUGGUCUAAAAAAGGAUGAGUACUCUGUAAAUGGGAAGACCUGCCACAGAAGUGAUAUAAUUCGAAUGUUUGAAACUGUUGGGUUUUCUUCUUCGAAUCCCUACAAUAUUGUUCCACAGGGCCGAAUUGUUGCUCUAACGAACGCUAAAGAUAAGGAGCGGCUAAAGUUGCUCGAGGAGGUUGUAGGUGCUAGCUCGUUUGAAAUAAGGCUAAAAGAGUCCAUCAAAAAAAUGGAGAUCACCAAUAGAGAUCGUGUUAAGAUAGACGCCGAGUUGAGCGAGCUGAAAACUCGUCUGGAUGAGUUGGACGAAGAACGCAAAGAACUUGAGAAGUAUCAAGAACUUGAGCGUGAUAAACGUAUUUUCCAGUUUGUUCUUUACGAUAGAGAGCUUAAUGAAGUUACAGGUCAAAUCGAAACGCUUGAAGACGAGUAUAACCAUGUUAUGCAAUCUUCCGAAGAAUUUAUCGAAGAGGUUUCUAAAAGAGAACAAUUAAUUAUGAACGUAAGCAAAAAUUUGUCCAGCGUAGAGACCGAGCUUAAGGUAAAAGAGACUACCGAUUUGCAGUUGGAGAGAUCACGCUUGGCCGAAGUUUCAAAGAAAAAAGCGGAUCUAGAGGUUCGCCUAGAGGAUGUUAGACGGCAAACGGAUACUCAUCGAAGACAAACCACAACAGAUCGCAACAACCUAGCGAUUAUUGAAGAAGAAAUACAGAAAAAUGAGAUUCAGCUGAAUCGCCUGCUUCCUCGACAUGAACAGCUUCAAAAUGAGGCCCGGAGCUAUGAAGUUCGGUUAGCAAAUUUGAAUCAAAGACAGAGGGAGGUGACUUCCAAACGAGGAAUCUACCUGAAGUUUACCAACCAGGCAGAGAGGGAUACAUGGCUUAGAACUGAAUUAGCGUCGCUAGAGCAACAAAAUGAGAAUACAAAGUCCUAUCUUUUUGAUAUAUCUUUAGAGAAAGAUGAGAUCGAAAGAGAAAUAAAGGUACUUGAUGACCAAAUUUUGGAGCUCAAUGACACUGUACGUGGACCAGGCGUAACCGCAGAGCUAGAUGACUUACAAACACAGAUGACCGGCUUAAGACGAAAAUACCUCGAAAAGAUAGAUGAACGCAAAGAACUAUGGAGAUCUGAACAGAGGUUGCAAUCUAUCACGGAAGCUUUGAUUGAAGGCGUGAAAAGGUCAGAGAGAAGCUUAUCCGAGACAAUGGAUCGUGGACUAGCCAAAGGCUUAAGAGCCGUCGUCGAAAUAGCAGAGCGCUUGAAGCUACCGCAAGGUGCUGUUCAUGGCCCCCUCGGGGAGCUUAUUAAGGUGAAUGAAAAGUAUAAAGCUUGCGCCGAAGCAGUUGGCGGUAGUUCCUUACUACACGUCGUAGUUGAUACCGAUGAAACUGCUAGUAUUCUGAUGCAAGAGCUUUAUAAUACAAAGGCAGGAAGAGUCACCUUCAUGCCACUUAAUAGGUUGAACAGCGCUACCACCGUGUCUUUUCCGGACAACUCUGAUGCUGAAUUCACCCCACUCUUGCGGAAGAUCAAAUACGACGAACAGUUCCAAUCGGCCGUCAAGCAUGUCUUUGGAAAAACGAUUGUAGUCCGCGAUCUUGAGGCCACAUCAAAGCUCGCAAGGGAUUAUAACCUUGACAUUGUAACACUUGAUGGCGACAGAGCUGACAAAAAGGGACUGAUUAUUGGUGGUUACCACAAUCACCAUCGGAAGACCAGGUUAGAUGCACUUCGGGACAUAAGUCUAGCCAAAAUUCAACUGAGCGAAUCUACUCGAAACCUUGAGCUCCUUAGAGAAAAGAUCACCGGUACCGAUGUUGACAUUGAUGAGAUCAAUGGCUCAUUGAAAAACCUGUCUGCAAGAAAAGAAGCGAUUUUGACCAACAUCGAGAUCCAAAGAGCGAAGCUCAGUAACAUUUCGUCAAAAUUCAACCUUAAAAAACAGCUGCUACAAAGCACGGAGCUGAAGGUGGAACGGAGUGAGUCAUCUUCGAAGCUCUUCAUUGAAAAAAUCAAGAUGUACCAAGACGAUUUAUCAAGGCCAUUUGACACAAAAUUAUCCUUCGAGGAGCAAGAAAACCUAAAGGCGCUUGCUUUAGAGAUUAGAAAUCUGUCAGAUCCGUUUGAUACCACAAUUAAAGCUCUCGAAGAAAUUAAAACCAGGAUCGACCUUCAUAAAACCGAGAUAGAUAUCAAACUUUCCCCUCAGAAAACAGAAAUUGAAAACAGAUUACUGCUUUCAAGAAGACUUCAAGGUUUCAAUGGAGAUGAGGAAGUUGCGCAACUUUCCGAAGAUCUGCAGGAAAUUAUAUCAAAAGAAAGCAAGUUAAAGGCUUCAGUUGAACAAAUCGUGCAAGCAAUAAAUGUAUUGAACGAGGAAAAAGUAACGAAUUUAAGGCUAUUGGAAAAGGCUAACUCGCAACAGCGGAUGCUUCUGAAAAAAUUGGAGGAUUUUCAAAAGGCUGCCGAAAAAACUGUUGUCAAAAAAAUGACAUUGACAUCAAGAAGAGACGAAGUUCAGAAGAAUAUUAGCGAAAUUGGCUUGCUCUUCGAGGACUCUCUCGAACGCCAUCAAAAUUUAGAAAGUGAGCAUGUUCUCCGGAAGCUAAACCACGUCAAUGAAAGAUUGUCUAGCAUGAGCAACGUGAAUCGGCGGGCCACGGAAAACUACAGGAAGUUCAAUGAGAAAAGACAAGAAAUUGAGAAGAGAGCCGAAGAACUAUCAAAUUCAAAGCACUCCAUCGAGGGCCUUAUUGAUUCCUUGAAAAUUCAAAAGGUGGAGGCUGUGGAGAAAACAUUUACCAAGGUCGCUCAUAACUUUAGCGUUAUAUUUGAGAAGCUUGUGCCUGCCGGAGUAGGGAAACUAAUAAUAAAUCGGAGUAGCUCACGCGAGGCUGCAGACUCUCAAGAGGAUAGCGUCGAAAGUAGAAGGUUACAACUUUCUGGCAAAACUAACUACACCGGAGUUUCCAUAUCAGUUUCCUUCAAUUCGAAACAAGAUGAGCAGCUGUACGUUGAGCAACUGUCAGGCGGACAGAAGACCGUAUGCGCUAUUGCACUAAUAUUAGCUAUACAAAUGGUUGAUCCAGCUCCAUUCUAUCUGUUCGACGAAAUUGACGCUGCCUUAGACAAGCAACAUCGGACUUCGGUUGCCAACAUUAUUAAAGAGCUAUCUGUACAUGCACAGUUUAUCUGCACCACUUUUAGAAGCGAUAUGUUGCAAGUCGCCAAUUCAUUCUAUCGCGUGAGAUUCGAUAACAAGAUAUCGGAGGUACAAGAAGUCUCCGAACAAGAUGCUGUCAAGUUCAUUAGAAGAAGAAAUAAAGUUAGCAAGUUUUGA